AUGAAUAGCCGGCUAUAUAAUCCUGAUGAAAACAAGCCAGCUAUGAGCAACAUCUUUCCUUUCACUCUACGCACUAUGAAGACACCUUCCCUCAGCAUCAGGUUCAGAAAGAGAUGUCAGAAGAACAGACUGUCUAUGCCGAUCCUAGUGUGGUCUAUGCCGUCUUCCAGCUCCUCUCCCAACGCAUCCGGCCGAGCCUCUUCGCACUCCAACCUGUCAUCCCUCAGAAGCAUGCCAUCCUAUCAAACUGAUUUGGUCAGAGAACACAGCAGCCAAGAACUGAAAGUGUUGCAGGAGCAGAUCAAUGGCUUGGCCAAGAAGCUAGUCUCUGCUGAGGAGGCCCUUUUUCAAUGGAAAACAGAGUUUUAUGAUUUGCAGAAUCGAUUUCAAGAGGUUUUAAACGAGCAUGACGUCGCUACAGAAGAUACACGCCAAAUAUUGCAAGAGUCAGAACAUGUGCGUUCCAAACGGUUUAUGACGAAUGCUUCGUCCAUUGCUAUUCAUGGUUCUUCGGAGGAGGAGCAAGAGCAAAAAUCACAAGACCACAGAUAUGUUCAUAGAGCAUCGUUAAGAUCUCUCUCCAGGAUCAAAGUGCUCCGAUUCUUCAAGCGCAAACGUAAUGAUUGCCCCAUCUUUCGUUUCUAUGGUUUAAAACCCCUGCUUAGAAAACAAUUAUAG